ACUUGGAGGUGAAAAAGAAAAGGCCCAGAGGUGCUGGGGAAGCUGUGACACAAUGACGUCUUUCCAGACAACUACCUACCCUGGAAUGCAUGGCACCAUUCCCAAUCCUUACCCACCAACAAGUUCCAUGGCUCUUCAUCCUCAACAACCUGUUGGGUUUUUAAACAUAGGAAACCAAGUACAGACUGGGCAACUUUCCUUCAUUGAAUCUCCAGGAAUCUUCCCUACUAAUCAGCUGGGUCGAGAAAACAUGGCAACAGCAAAUCCAGUUCCAGGAACAACAACAACCAACUUGAAAGAUGCAGCAAUAGCACUUGGGGUGAAAUUAAUAACUGGAUUGAUGCACAUUGGCUUUGGAGUUGGUCUCGGGUUGCUGAGCACCUCUCACUAUGUGUCUCGAGCAUUUCCCUCUACUGCUUUCAUUGGUGGAUAUCCAUUCUGGGGUGGCAUAUGUUUCACGGCUUCUGGCUCACUCUCCAUCUCAGCAUUCAAGGAAUUCUCUCACUGUCUGGUGAAAAGCAUCCGGGUAAUAAACAUUAUUAGUGCUAUGUUUGCCUUUGUGGGAGUGGUUCUGUUUCUGUGUGAUCUGAACAUCAAUGGCUUCUAUUAUCAAGACUACUGGAUGGUGCUUUCUGGGAGAGGAAUUGCAGGUGUGCUAGCAAUAUUUUCCUUGUUGGAAUUCAGCAUAGCGUUGGUCACAGCUUACUUUGCCCACCAAACCAUCCUCCAUGGCCACAGGUCUGUCCUGGUUGCUCCAACUGUGUGUCCAGCCAACCCCUUGAUGCAAGAGUCUCCCUCAGCUCCUCCCAUAUACGACAGCAUUCCAGACUGUGCUCCUAGACAAUAA